UUCGUUUCGUUUCGUUUUGUUGUCAAUGGUAGUGAUUAUAUGUGAUUUGGCUUGUACCGAGAAGGUGGAGGAUGUGCUCAAGGUAGCUUGAUGGUGUUUCAGUUUGUGCGAUUCAUGAGACGUGGGAACCUUGAUUCCGAGCUUGUGCACCAGUGAUUUGUAUGUUUCGUAGGGAAGCGGCGCCACCUGAAUUUUGGGGAAUGCCACCUUUCUACAUUCCCGAAAGUUUAUAUUUAUAUAUAAAAAUAUAUACAUACAUUCAUAUGCAUUUACCGGAGAAGUUUUACAGGGUUUUAUUGCGGGGAAAAAGUCACAGUCACUUCUGCGUAGCGUCUAACUGUCCAACGUGAUGCCAUGAGCCGGCAUUAAUAGCCUGCGACGGCGAUGGCGAUCGUGAAGACGCAAGUGCUUCUACUAAUUGAGUUCUAUAACACAGACGUGUAAUUGUUUUUAUUGCUCAGAACGUUAUUUUGUACCGAUUACUAGUACGUUGUUGUUUUUAAUUUCACGUGAAGGUGUGAUUAUGGAAGGGCAGAACUUCACAGGAAGAUGAGCAGCAGCUAAUAUUAGAGGUAAAGUUUGCACAGGUGGGUCUUCUCGGAGUUUGAUGGACAUGGUAGAGUGGUCUCAAGAGAAUGUGCAAAUGUUCGCAGCGAACCGUGUGAGCGAUGGCCGUGUUGCAAGAGUGAGGAAGAGGAGGAUGUUGGUCAAUAGUUUUGACGGUCCAUCGACGGAAGAACGAGGCCUUUUGAUGAGUUCUUUGGGUCAGCCUUAUCGCGGUUUAUAUGAAGCUACCGUGAGGUUCUCAUUAUUCCCUCCAAGAACGCAAGGAUUAGCCAACGGUUGAGAAGAUGCAAAGUAGCAAUAUGCACUGCGGAUUUUGGGUUGAAAUCUACGCACGCUGCACGAAUUGCUCCUUUCCUCCCAUGAAAGCCGUGGAUUAGCGGCUGCAGGUAGGAGAAGGGGAAUCUAUGGAUUGUAACAAUGAACUUAGGGAUGAGGGGGAUGGCGUAACUGUUCAUCAGGCUUGUGUGUCUACUCGUCAAUGUAAGCUUGGUUAAAUUCACCAGGUUGAGUCAUUACUCAUGCCCCAACAUGGUAGAGCCUCCAACAGAGAAGCCACGGCUUCAACGUCUGAAGGCUGUGAAGAAGGUAAAUAUAUUACCUAUUCUGAUAAAUGUGACCUUGGUCGCACUCGUCGCCGCAUGUGCUCCAAGAGAGGAGCUGCAUUCAAAAUCCCCCGCAGCAGUAGCGAGAGUCACAGUUUUGCUUGGGGCUGUAUCGUUCAUUCGAGUUAUGUGGAUAUUUUGCAAUUGGCAUAUCCAAGUCGAGAUGGCAUUGGCUAUGGCUGCGGAAUCUGGUGACAAGAAAUCAAUUGAAAUGGAUCGGCGGCGAUGGUACUGGCGGUGGCUGUGGUGGAACCGCGUUGGAACAUUGAUGCUGAUUUUACAAGUUGUGGCUGCGGGUUUCAUACUUGGAAACAUACGUUAUUGUAGCAAUGAGAAGCAUCUUCAGAUUCUCCUUAAGGUUUUAACAGUAGCCACUUUAACGGUAGUCUACUUGAGUUGGCACACGGGCCCUGACAUAAUAUCGUGGCGUUCAUUUUACAAGACCGAUGACGCUUGGAGGGCUCAUCAUAGCGAGGUCUUUCGUUGCUGCAUUCGUGAUACUCUUCGUUGCCUGGGACCAAUCCGUUACCUUCAACAUGUACGGAAUGAAGAAGUAAGUUCGAUUGCUUCUUUCCUGGGUGAGCUAGUUUCUUAUCGGGCUGAAGGUUGCAGCCAUUUGGAGCUUAUAGCGGGAGUGUCUUUGUUGAGUCGCAAAAAUAAAAUUCAACGACCAAGAAGAGAGCUAGCACCCAAAGAUCAAAUUCUCGAAGCCAGCGUCCUUCAUCCAUACGCUGUAGCGGCAUAUACUGGACCAUUGCUAGAAAUGGGACGCAAUCCCAUUGGUUGGCUAUUUACGUGGGUUUACAGCCUAGGGUUAUUUUCCUUCUGGAAACGAAGCAGUCGUCCAGAAGUUCUGGAAGGAGAUAACUGGUGGAGGGGACAUGCAGCUGCAUUUCUUUGGCAUUCACGAUUACCUUUAGAAACUGAUGCGCAUCUUGUAAAAGGUCGAGUACGGCAGACGGCAAGGCAGUCGGCAUAUUUUGUGGUGGUUUUGAAAAAACUUAAAAUAGUGCUCGUGGCAGUCCGUGGGACAGAGACCCCUGAAGAUUUGCUUACAGAUGGACUUAGCGAAGACACUCCUCUUACGGAUUCGGAUUUACAAUGGCUCUUAAAAGGACCAAAUAUUUCAGAGGAGGUGAGGCAGAAGGUGAAAGAGAAGUCUCACUAUGCACACAGAGGAAUAAUUGAAGCAGCCCGUGAGCUCUCAAUGCAGCUCGAUAAUUUGGCGGAGGAUGACGAUGACGGCAUGGCUGCUCCUGACAUGGCUUCCAUCAAUGGCGAUACAGGGGGCAAUGUGCCUAAUGGAGUUGCUCGUAAAGGGUUGCUUUCAAGAUUGUUGGGUUCUCGAGGAGUCUGUGAAGGUUAUGACCUGCGACUUGUGGGACACUCUUUAGGAGGUGCAAUUAGUGCUCUCACAGGUUUGAGGUUAUACCGGCGUUAUCCAAAAUUGCGUGUUUACGCUUUUGGGGUCCUACCAUGUGUGGACAUAGACAUAGCAGAGGCAUGCCAAGACUUCGUCACCAGCGUGGUCAAUCACGACGAAUUUUCAUCCCGUCUUUCUGUUACAUCAUUAAAGCGUUUGCGCACAAAUGCUCUGAGAGCCUUGUCCGACCCUCCUUCCAAGUCCGAAGUAAACAAACAUGGGAAAGCUAAAAAUUCGUCCCUUUCCAGCGCAAACAUACCAAGCUCGUCAUGUUGCCCUUUUUUUGAAAUUUUCUCAUCAGAGAGCCACGAUGGGAACGAAUAUUCUAAGCUUAGUAAGACGCAACGGUUGUUGUAUAUGAUAAAAGGUAUAGUAUUCUUGUGCGUGUACACACGCAUCUGUUUGUUCAAAAUGUCUGAACAUCAUAAAGCAAUUCCUACCAGCAACGAGAUCGAGCGUUAUAAAAAAUGCUUGUCUAAGCAGCGAAACAGUCGGAUUAGAGUGCCAGAAUUCGAAAGUGAGAUUCACGGACGGGAGUUGAUGACGAGGUUGGUUCCACCCAAUCCCAUUCUAACUGAAAAAGUCAAGAGUGUGACGAUCGACAUAGAUCUUAUUCCACUCGUUCCAGUCCGGGAGGAGCAAGAAGAGCCCUCCGAAAAUGAAAUGCUUCUACCUGGAAAGGUAAUACAUAUUGUGCGGGAGGAGAACCCACAAGUAUCCCAGAGAUGCUCAUUCUGGAAAUUGCGGAGAGCGGAAAAAAACUCGACGUACCAGGCUUAUGUGGCGGAUCGUAAGGAGUUUCUAGAUCUCAUUAUUUCUCCGUCAAUGUUCAUUGAUCAUAUGCCGUGGAAGUGUCAGCAUGCAUUGAGCUCGAUCGUCUCCGACAGAUUCGGUCAUUCGAAACAAACUCCUUUAAUAGUUACGCAAAAUCGAUCAACAUUUGAUUUUGAGUAACUACACGAUCUGGAGAUAUUGGAUGACGUGGAAACCUGGAGAAUGGUUGCAUCAGUACGCUUCUCAUUUUCGUGCAGAUUCUCUGUACUACCAGUACUUUUAUCCAGGUGCAGGUGUUUUUACCGCUGUCAUACAUCCUCUUUACUGGUGACGGUCGUCCACAAGAGAGUCCGGCCUUCGGUGGGGGCAAGAGAAAUGUGCAACGUGUUGCAUCUCCUUGUGUUGAUUUGAGAACGAUCAGCAUCAGACCUCAAGCAUUAUCAACCUAUCUCAAGUCGGAACAGCAGUUAUUCUUCAGUCCUUGCCCUUUCAUAUGUAUCCUGCAACAAGGGUUGCAACUCUUACCAGACCACAAGCAUCCGCUCCAUGGAAUCUGUUCACACAUUUGGUUGACAAAAUUCUUAACUUUUGUCGGUGCUUCGUCAGCUCUUGUGACUUCUGUGGAAAUGUACCAUAAGUAGAUUAGCCUCAGAUUUUUUUCCUCCUCGAUCUGUUCUACGGAAAUUGAUGUGCAGGAAGACGUGCUCUACUUCUGUUCAAGGUAUGCACCCAUGUGCAUGUUUGCAAUUCGAACAACUUUCUUCAUCCUCCUAUCGACAAAGCAACUCAUUCAUCUUCUUGUCAUGUCUUCAAAGAUCGAACCUCAUUAUUACUUACCUUUCUUUCUGUGAAAGAAAUGAGACAGAACAAUUUAAUAGAGUGCACGGGCUAUCACAAAAGUGACUCCCAAAUCUUUGCUUCAGUACGAGAAGAAACUGGAUGAAACGUUUUUCAAUCAUAGCAAUGACACGUACGACGUAAUUUCCGUUUACACUUCAUUGUUUAGUCACAGUACUUGAUCUGAUAAUGCUAUAUUAAAUGCACUGGAUGGUUUUCAGAGAUUAUAUUCCAUGGUGCUCUGGAAAUGUCAUCGAAGCUUUUGAAAAUCCAUCUUCACUUUACCUGGUAGAUUUCAAAACUCAUAGUUACAUAUAUACAUAUAUAUGUACAUGUAUGUGCAAAAAAAUUAUCCUUUUCCCAGA